GGCGGGUCCGCAGCUGGCGGCGCCCAGGCCCGGGGCGGGGGCUGUGGCAGCAGCUGCAGCACCGGCGGCUGCAGCAGCGCCAAGAGCUGUUGCGGCGGAGGCGGAGGCUGCUCCUGGACGCGUCCGGGCCGCACAGCCCAAGCCCCAGCCCGGAGGCGUCAGGCAGUGCACUGGGUGCUGCUGCGGGUGCUGCUGCCCGCCCGCCGCCACCCGGGCCCCCGCUACCACCCGGGCCCCGGCCGCCGCCCGCGCCCCCGUGGACCCCGCCCGCUUGUGCGCCCCAGCCGGGACGCCGCCCCCGGCCGGGUCUCCACUUCUCCGCAGCACCUCCCAUGACAGCGCCCGCGCGAAGAUGGCUGCGAAGGGCACGCACGGCUCCCACCUGAAGAUAGAGAGUGAGCUGGAGCGCUGCCGCGCGGAGGGCCACUGGGACCGCAUGCCCCAGCUAGUCCGGCAGAUGCAGACGCUGGUCCUGUCCAGCAGCCGACGAGCCAUCCCGAGCGCCGUGUUCACUUCCCUGGACACCGAUGACUUUGGAAAAUUACUCCUGGCUGAGGCCCUCCUGGAGCAGUGUUUAAAGAAGAAUAAUGCUAGGAUAAAAGACUCCAUCCCUUGGCUGGAGAAGAAUGAACCUAAGAUGAAUGAAGCCAGAAACUAUCUAAGCAGUAUCCUUAACCACGGAAAGCUGUCGCCGCAGUACAUGUGUGAGGCCAUGCUGAUCCUGGGCAAGCUGCAUUACGUGGAGGGGUCAUACCGAGACGCCAUCAGCAUGUAUGCACGGGCUGGGAUUGAUGACAUGUCUGUGGGGAACAAACCCCUGUAUCGGAUGCGGCUGCUGGCAGAGGCCUUUGUCAUCAAAGGCCUCUCCCUGGAACGCCUACCUAACUCGAUUGCUUCCCGCCACCGCCUGACUGAGAGAGAGGAGGAAGUGAUCACCUGCUUCGAGAGGGCCUCCUGGAUUGCUCAGGUGUUCCUGCAGGAACUGGAGAAGAUCACAAAUAACACCACAUCACGGCAUCUGAAAGGUUUUCACCCAGUUGACUAUGAGCUCACCUACUUCCUGGAAGCCGCCCUCCAGAGCGCUUAUGUGACAAACCUGAAGAAGGGGAACAUCGUGAAAGGCAUGAGAGAGCUCCGGGAGGUCCUACGGACUGUGGAGACCAAAGCAACUCAGAACUUCAAAGUGAUGGCGGCCAAGCACCUGGCAGGCGUCCUGCUGCACUCCCUGAGUGAGGAGUGCUACUGGAGCCCCCUGUCCCACCCUCUGCCCGAGUUCAUGAGCAAGGAGGAGAAUUCCUUCAUCAUGCAAGCCCCGCGGAAACCUCACCUCUACGAAGGAGAUAACCUCUACUGCCCGAAGGAUAACAUUGAGGAAGCCCUCCUGCUGCUCCUCAUCAGCGAGUCCAUGGCUACUCGGGAUGUGGUGCUGAGCCGGGCGCCAGAGCAGGAGGAGGACCGGGCAGCGAGUGUGCAGAAUACGGCGGCCAUCUACGACCUCCUGAGCAUCACGCUGGGCAGGAGGGGGCAGUAUGCCAUGCUCUCUGAGUGCCUGGAGCGAGCCAUGAAGUUUGCAUUUGAAGAAUUCCACCUUUGGUACCAAGUGGCCCUCUCCAUGGUGGCGUGUGGAAAGUCGGCCUAUGCCGUGUCGCUGCUGCGGGAGUGUGUGAAGUUGCGACCCUUAGACCCCACUGUGCCCCUGAUGGCCGCCAAGGUCUGCAUCGGAUCCCUGCACUGGCUGGAGGAGGCGGAGCACUUUGCCACGAUGGUGAUCGACCUUGGCGAGGAAGCUGGGGAAUUCCUCUCCAAGGGCUACCUGGCGCUGGGUCUCACCUACAGCCUGCAGGCCACUGACGCAACUCUGAAAUGCAAGCAGGAUGAAUUGCACCGGAAAGCACUGCAGACACUGGAGAGAGCCCAGCAGCUGGCGCCUGGCGACCCCCAGGUCAUCCUCUAUGUCUCCCUGCAGCUGGCCCUCGUCCGACAGAUCUCCAGCGCCAUGGAGCAGCUGCAGGAGGCCCUGAAAGUGUGCAGGGAUGAUGCCAAUGCCCUCCACCUGCUGGCACUCCUCUUCUCCGCCCAGAAACACUACCAGCACGCACUGGACGUCAUCAACAUGGCCAUCACGGAGUACCCGGAGUACUUCAGCCUGAUGUUCACGAAGGUGAAGCUGGAGCAGGUACUGAAAGGCCCAGAGGAAGCUCUCGUGACCUGCAGACAAAUGCUGCGGCUGUGGCAGACCCUGUACAACUUCCCCCAGCUGGGAGGCCUGGAAAAGGACGGCAGCCUCGGCGAGGGCCUCACACUAAAGAAGCAGAGUGGCAUGCACCUGACUCUGCCUGAUGCCCACGACGCAGACUCCGGCUCUCGGCGGGCAUCGUCCAUCGCAGCCUCCCGGCUGGAGGAGGCCAUGUCAGAGCUGACCAUGCCCAGCUCAGUCCUGAAGCAGGGCCCCAUGCAGCAGUGGACCACACUGGAACAGAUCUGGCUCCAGGCUGCCGAGCUAUUCAUGGAGCAGCAUCACCUCAAGGAAGCAGGUUUCUGCAUCCAAGAGGCAGCGGGCCUCUUCCCCACCUCACACUCGGUGCUCUACAUGCGGGGCCGGCUGGCCGAGAUGAAGGGCAGCUUGGAGGAGGCCAAGCAGCUGUACAAGGAGGCGCUCACAGUGAACCCCGAUGGCGUGUUCAUCAUGCACAGCCUGGGUCUGAUGCUGAGUCGGCUGGGCCACAAGAGCCUGGCCCAAAAGGUGCUACGGGAUGCCGUGGAGAGGCAGAGCACCUGCCACGAGGCGUGGCAGGGCCUAGGCGAGGUGCUGCAGGCCCACGGCCAGAGCGAGGCUGCCGUCGACUGCUUCCUGACCGCCCUCGAGCUGGAAUCCAGCAGCCCGGUGCUGCCCUUCUCCAUCAUUCCGCGGGAGCUCUGACAUUGCCCUGCAGCAGCAGGGAGAGGGGGCUGCCCGGGGUGGCGGGGAGGGAGGUACAGACAGGCAGCAGGGAGUCUGGGUCAGGAAAGCUGUGGGGCCUCAGGGAAAUACAUUCUCUAGGGAACACUUCUGCAGGCUGUAGCCCUAGUUCACCUCGCCUCCCCUACCCCACCCCUGCGCUCCCUCCAGGGCCAGCUGGGUGUGGGAGCUGCUCAUCUGGAGCUGGGUGGACCAGAUUUGCAUCAAAAGCAAAUUCCUUGUUCCUUGGGACAUUGUGACAUUUAUGAGCUAGGAAGUAUCUGGGAGGCCACAUCAACAUGGGGGGCCCUCCCCAGAGUUUCUGUGCAGUGAGGGUCUGUGUGGCUUGGAUACCUCCCCCCACCCAUCCGGAAACCCCUACUGUGCCUGUCACCCUCUUUUACCAUCCCUGACCCUGGAUUUCCAGCUUUCCACAAGCUUUAGUCUCAAACCUCAGCUCACUGCUCUCCAACACCAAAGAUGAACACCGCAAGCUGCCCUCUGGCUGGGCCGAGGGGGUUUUCCUGGGUUCCUUCCUCGGCUCCUCAGGAGACAGUCUGCUUGAACCCUAAGUGACUUAGAGUCAUGGUGACUGGACUUGCUCCCCAAGAGCCUCACAGCUGUACUUCACCCCACCCAUGCCUCUGUGCCCUGGGGAGCCCCGUGGCUCUGGUCCCAUGCCCCAGUCUCAGGACAAGGUUUUGAAGCACUCUCAGGUCUUGCCCGUGGCAGUCAUGGCUUGAAGAACCUGCUGGCAAGUGGGAAGAGAAUGGACCUCUGGGUUCCUUUCCCAGACUUUGCGUUGGUGGGUGAUGCCUGGUGUUGCCCUUCUUUGCCCAAUGAGGCCAGUUGGGUCUCACUGUGCUCUUCCUCUGUGCUGCCAAGUGCCUUUGGGGCCUCUGGUGACUGACCAGGGCACUGAGCACUGGUCCUAACUAACCUUCCAUUUCCACCCACCUCUGUCUCCCUGGAAAUGCCCCACCCAAAGCGGCCUCCUUAGGCCCUAAACCAUAGCCCCAGGAUGGGCCUCAGGAUACAAACAUGGCUGCUGAACCCAGCCCUUUCUAAUACCUUGCACCAACACAUCAUUCCUUCAAGCCUUAUCAUUCUGGGCAAUGGGUACAAUGCAGAUCACUCUAGGGGUUUAUAAUGUGGAGAUGGGCAGUCUCCAGGACUGUCUCCAAGUCAUCUCAUCACCCACAGCCCAUUUUCACCACUGGCUUUUUUGGGUAACCUGAGUCCCACCAUGGCCAUUUGGUUUCCCCUGCCUGGCACCCAAUGACUGUGGUUGAAGACCUGAGGAGGAGAUGGAGCCUGGCACCUCCUAACUAGUUGAGUAGACCUCUGUACAUGACACUGUUGUCUGCAGGGGUCCUGGGUGCUGGUGGGUGGGUGUCUUCCCUGCUGCUUCCCUAGUCUGCUGUAUGAGACUCUUGGAAUUCUUCCCAAGAAGUCAGCCCCCCGUGGGGCCUAUCAGGGAAUCUUUUUUCAUCUGCACUUUGGGUUUUUGUUUUAAAGCUCCAUCAGGUAUCUCUCUCAUUUUACGGUGUGUGGGAAACUCAGGCAGGGGCUGCCGUGGGUUGUCAUAGCCCAGUCUUUCUGUUGGAGACCUGCCCUCCCUGCUGCACUGGCUCAGCACUGCACCCCAGGUACUUCCCAGGGAGAGCCUGUAUCUCCUGGCCUCGCCAGGCGAGCGACACUGCAGAAAACGCCAAAUCCUUUACCUCCCGGUUGAAGGAUUUCUAUAUGUGUAUGUGUGUGUAUAAAUAUAUAUAUAAUAGAGAUCUAUUUUUCUGGAAUUCUGUUAGGAAAAAGUAAACAAGAAGCAGAUACCAUUGAUUUGCCUUGGGGUGCCCAAAGACGUUGGUAUCCUUGGUGAUAGGAAAGGCACCAUUGCGUUUUGACUUGUAUAUGCCCUCGGAGGAGGCCUCAGCGGGCUGGGCCAAGUUGCUGACAGUUCACAAAUUGAAUAAAGAGACCCUUGAAGGGGAAGCAGA